AUGAAAGAAUUCAUUAAAAAGCAUUUCAUAGCCGGUGCUGCUCGGCAAAAUUACGAGGUGUAUGAAAUCCAUUUGAUUCUUGAAAAAGCGCUCGUUGAAAUGAGGAACUCACCAGUACUGCUUGAAGUACGAUGUCCUGUGAACAUUUGCGGCGAUAUUCACGGGCAGUAUGGUGAUUUGAUGCGGAUUUUCAAUGCAUGUGGGUUACCCUUCAAGCAACGAUAUCUGUUCCUCGGAGAUUAUGUUGAUCGAGGAAGGCAUUCACUCGAAGUGAUAAUGCUUCUACUAGCGCUGCGGAUACAAUUUCCUCGGAAAGUGUUUCUGUUACGAGGGAAUCAUGAACUAUCAAACAUUAAUCGGGUUUAUGGCUUCAACGCAGAAAUUCGCCAACGAUAUCGUAAUUUGGUUGAGUCCAAGGCACUUUACGAUCACUUCAAUGAGGUGUUCGCCCAGAUGCCUCUGGCUGCUUUGGUUGCUGGACGUAUCCUUUGUAUGCAUGGUGGUUUGUCACCGAGUCUGAACAGCCUCGACGAUAUACGAAAAUUGCAACGACCACUACGAGUCGUGCGUGGCUUGGCGCAGGACCUGCUAUGGGCUGAUCCCGAAACGGGUACAAAAGGCUUUCAGCAAAACAAAAUUCGAGCCGUUUCACAUAUUUUUGGUGAGGAUACGGUACGCGACAAGUGUAAGCAACUAAACAUCGACCUCAUCAUCAGAGCUCAUCAGGUGGUGGAAUUCGGCUACGCGUUUUUCUGCGGUCGUUCCCUGAUUACGGUAUUCUCAGCAGCCCGGUAUCAUGAGGAACUCGUUAAUUAUGCAGCGGUAGUUAAGGUAGAUGCCAGCUUGGAACUGUCGUUUGUACAGCUAAAACCGCAAGAAUUCGAAAAAGUCAGAAAAGAGAUGGAGCAGAAACGCGAAGAAACUGGUGAUCCCGGAGAUGACCCAAUACCUCCAUCACCUGGUGGUAUAGCCCCAACGCAACAAACGCCGCAGCACACAUCAAAUACACAAUAG